AUGAUUUCAACACUAGCUACCUUUCCUCCAUUUCUGCACAAGGAUAUUAUAGAGUAUCUCAGCACAUCCUUUCUGCCUAUGGCUAUAUUGGGAUCCUCAAAAAGAGAAGGUGUUCCAGCACAUGUCAAUCUGUCUGCAUCAUCAAUGCUAAUGAUUGCAAUGCAGUACACAUCAAACCCGGUGUAUCACUGCCAAUUAUUGGAAUGCCUCAUGAAAUAUAAGCAAGAAGUAUGGAAAGAUUUGCUCUAUGUGAUAGCCUAUGGACCAUCUCAAGUUAAACCUCCAGCAGUACAAAUGUUAUUUCACUAUUGGCCAAAUUUAAAACCCCCUGGGGCAAUCAGUGAGUACAGAGGACUGCAGUACACAGCCUGGAAUCCUAUUCAUUGCCAGCACAUUGAAUGCCAUAAUGCGAUUAACAAACCAGCUGUGAAGAUGUGCAUUGACCCAUCUUUGUCUGUGGCUUUGGGUGAUAAGCCACCUCCCCUAUAUCUUUGUGAAGAAUGCAGUCAGAGAAUUGCCGGGGAUCACAGUGAAUGGUUGAUUGAUGUUCUUCUACCACAAGCUGAAAUUUCUGCUAUAUGUCAGAAGAAGAACUGUAGUUCACAUGUCAGAAGAGCUGUUGUCACAUGCUUCUCAGCUGGCUGCUGUGGCCGCCAUGGCAACAGGCCAGUGCGCUAUUGCAAAAGAUGCCAUUCCAAUCAUCACAGCAGUGAAGUUGGGGCAGCUGCAGAAACCCAUCUUUAUCAGACCUCGCCACCCCCCAUCAAUACUCGGGAGUGCGGGGCAGAGGAACUUGUUUGUACUGUGGAAGCUGUGAUCAGCUUGCUGAAGGAAGCAGAGUUUCAUGCUGAGCAGAGAGAGUAUGAACUCAACCGCAGGAGACAGAUGGGCCUCUCCUCUUCCCAUCACUCCCUGGACAACACAGACUUUGAUAAUAAAGAUGAUGACAAGCAUGACCAACGUCUCUUGAGCCAGUUUGGAAUCUGGUUCUUGGUGAGCCUUUGCACUCCCAGUGAGAAUACACCCACAGAGAGUUUAGCAAGGCUGGUUAGCAUGGUAUUUCAGUGGUUUCACUCUACAGCUUACAUGAUGGACGAUGAAGUUGGUAGCCUGGUUGAAAAGCUCAAACCCCAGUUUGUUACCAAGUGGUUGAAGACAGUUUGUGAUGUCCGGUUUGAUGUCAUGGUUAUGUGCCUCCUUCCUAAACCAAUGGAGUUUGCCAGGGUUGGUGGAUACUGGGACAAAUCGUGCAGCGCUGUGACCCAAUUAAAAGAAGGGCUGAAUCGAAUCCUUUGCUUGAUUCCGUACAAUGUGAUAAACCAGCCAGUGUGGGAAUGUAUCAUGCCAGAGUGGUUGGAAGCUAUAAGGACAGAAGUGCCUGAUAAUCAACUGAAAGAGUUCCGGGAAGUGUUGAGCAAAAUGUUUGACAUUGAGCUUUGCCCUCUCCCUUUCUCCAUGGAGGAGAUGUUUGGCUUCAUUAGCUGUCGAUUCACAGGGUAUCCAUCUUCUGUGCAAGAGCAGGCAUUGCUUUGGCUGCAUGUGUUAUCUGAACUAGACAUUGUUGUUCCUCUUCAGUUGCUAAUCAGCAUGUUUUCUGAUGGAGUUAAUUCUGUAAAAGAGUUAGCAAAUCAAAGAAAAUCGAGAGUUGGUGAACUGGCGGGAAGUCUUGCAGCUCGGAGGGUAAGCGUGGCUUCUGAUCCUGGGCGCAGAGUUCAGCAUAACAUGCUGAGUCCUUUCCCAAGCCCCUUCCAGAGCCCAUUUCGGAGUCCACUACGUAGUCCUUUUCACAGCCCUUUCAAGAACUUUGGACACCCCAGUGGAAAGACAAUUGACUUUGACUGUGAAGAUGAUGAAAUGAAUCUUAAUUGCUUCAUUCUGAUGUUUGAUCUCAUCUUGAAGCAGAUGGAACUCCAGGAUGAUGGUGUCACCUUGGGCUUAGAGAACAGCAUUUCGAAAGAUAUAAUAUCCAUCAUAAACAAUGUGUUCCAGGCACCCUGGGGCGGUUCUCACACCUGUCAGAAAGAUGAAAAAGCAGUUGAAUGUGGUCUGUGUCAGUCCAGCAUUCUGUGUUACCAGCUGGGUUUUGAGCUGCUGGAACAGCUUGCUCCGAAAGAAGAAAUCAGACUUGUGGAGCCCACAGAUAACCUCGAGGACAGUCUUCUGUAUACUAGACCUGAGUUUAUUAUAGGAACUGAAGGAGAAGAGGAAGACAAAGUGGCACCAAAACAUGGAGAAAACCCAGGAAAUCACACAGAGACCACAGAAAACACAGCGAUAAAGAAUGACACAGAAAGAAAAUUUUGUUACCAGCAACUUCCAGUUACCUUGAAGCUCAUAUACACUAUAUUGCAGGAAAUGUCAAAGUUUGAAGAACCAGACAUUCUUUUUAACAUGCUGAACUGUCUGAAGAUCCUGUGUCUUCAUGGGGAAUGCCUGUAUAUAGCAAGAAAGGACCAUCCUCAAUUUCUCGCCUAUAUUCAAGAUCACAUGCUGAUUGCAAGCUUAUGGGGAGUUGUGAAGUCUGAGUUCUCUCAGCUUUCUUCCCUGGCAGUCCCACUUCUUCUUCAUGCACUUUCGCUUCCCCAUGGAGCUGACAUUUUCUGGACAAUCAUAAACAGCAAUUUCAACAGCAAAGAUUGGAAGAUGAGAUUCGAAGCAGUGGAGAAAGUGGCUGUGAUGUGCAGAUUUUUGGACAUUCACUCUGUGACAAAAAACCACCUACUGAAGUAUUCUUUGGCUCAUGCAUUCUGCUGUUUCCUGACUGCUGUGGAAGAUGUCAACCCAGCAGUAGCUACAAGAGCCGGGCUAUUACUCGACACUAUAAAGAGGCCAGCUUUACAGGGUCUCUGCCUCUGCCUUGAUUUCCAGUUUGACACAGUUGUCAAGGACAGGCCCACCAUUCUUAGUAAGCUUUUGCUACUGCAUUUUCUAAAAGCAGAUAUUCCAGCUUUGAGCUGGGAGUUCUUUGUGAAUCGCUUUGAGACCUUGUCUCUGGAAGCACAGCUUCACCUGGACUGCAACAAAGAAUUCCCUUUCCCAACAACUAUCACUGCUGUCCGGACAAAUGUCGCCAACCUCAGUGAUGCAGCAAUGUGGAAGAUCAAGAGGGCUCGUUUCGCACGUAAUCGUCAGAAGAGUGUGCGUUCCCUGAGGGACAGUGUGAAGGGACCAGUGGAGUCAAAGAGAGCGCUCUCCCUUCCAGAAACCUUAACCACCAAAAUUCGACAACCCUCCCCAGAGAAUGAUAACACAAUAAAAGACCUGCUGCCAGAAGAUGCUGGGAUUGAUCACCAGACUGUCCACCAGCUGAUUACUGUGCUAAUGAAGUUCAUGGCAAAGGAUGAGAGCAGCGCUGAGUCGGACAUCAGCAGUGCUAAAGCUUUCAACACAGUCAAGCGCCAUCUGUAUGUCCUGCUUGGUUAUGAUCAGCAGGAAGGAUGCUUCAUGAUUGCACCACAGAAAAUGCGUGUUUCGACCUGCUUUAAUGCCUUUAUUGCUGGAAUAGCACAAGUGAUGGAUUAUAACAUCAACCUGGGAAAACACCUUCUUCCCUUGGUGGUGCAGGUGUUGAAAUAUUGCUCUUGUCCUCAGCUAAGGCAUUACUUUCAGCAGCCUCCUCGCUGCUCCCUCUGGUCCCUCAAACCUCACAUUCGGCAGAUGUGGUUAAAGGCUUUGCUUGUCAUUCUCUACAAGUACCCCUACAGAGACUGUGAAAUCAGCAAGAUUGUACUUCACCUAAUCCACAUCACAGUCAAUACCCUCAACGCUCAGUAUCACAGCUGCAAGCCCCAUGCAACUGCUGGUCCUUUGUAUAGUGACAACAGUAACAUAAGCCGAUACAGUGAAAAGGAGAAAGGUGAAAUAGAGCUGGCUGAAUAUAGAGAGACGGGGGCCUUACAAGACAGUAUUCUACGCUGUGUGAGAGAAGAAAGCAUUCAGAAAAAAAAACUGCGCUCUCUAAAACAAAAAUCUCUUGAUAUAGGGAAUGCAGACUCCCUGUUGUUUUCAUUAGAUGAGCAUCGCAGGAAGUCCUGCAUAGACCGGUGUGACUUAGAAAAACCACCUGUCCCUGCUGCUUACGCCAUACACAGGCAGAGUGAUUAUGGACGAUCUCGGCAGAAUUCAUCUACUAAAGCUGAAAAUAUAGAAACACAAGAAAAUCUUCCUCAUACAGAGAGUUUCCAGGAAACGAGAAGACCUGUCAUACCAGAAGUUAGGCUAAACUGCAUGGAAACCUAUGACGUGAAAGUGGACUCUCCGGUUAAACCUGCUGGUCCCAAGGAAGAUUUAGAUCUGAUAGAUUUGUCCUCUGACUCAACAUCGGGUCCUGAAAAGCAUUCAGUACUCUCCACUUCAGACAGUGACUCUUUAGUCUUUGAACCACUUCCUCCCCUUAGAAUAGUGGAGAGUGAUGAAGAAGAAGAAACAACAAACCCGCUGAAUGAUGAGGUCUCCGGCAAAACUGCUGCUUCAUCUCCCUCAACUCCUAUCAAUGUCUCUGCACUCAGCCUCAGCACAACUCCACUGGUCCAGUUCAGCAUUGAAGAUUGCUCCAAAGACUUUAGUUCUAAGGAUUCGAGCAACAAUGCUUCAGCGGGAAUAGAUGAGAUCCUUUCUACUUCUCCCAAAGAUCAAAAGGGCUCUUCAGAGUUAGUUAAGUUAGAAGAACUUCAGGACGUGUCCUCUGGGAACCCACUAACACUGAAACAGAAACGGGACCUGCUGCAGAAGUCAUUUGCCCUUCCAGAAAUGUCCCUUGAUGAUAGCUCCGAGAUCAGCGUGGAGGAAAUUAGACCCAGUGGAACAAUUCCAAGCCCAAAUGUAAAGACAGUCCUGAUUAAAGUCCCCGAAGAUUCUGAAAACCAAACAGAAAGUGAUAAACUUGAUACCAACACAGAGUCUGACACUGAACAAAACACGGAGCAGAAACAAGAAGAGGAGACUGAGGAGUCGGAAUUUAAGAUUCAGAUUGUUCCUCGCCAGAGGAAGCAGAGGAAGAUUGCUGUGAGUGCUAUUCAGAGAGAAUACCUGGACAUUUCCUUUAACAUCCUCGACAAGCUGGGAGAGCAGAAGGAGGCAGAUCCUGCUGCCAAAGGACUUUCAACACUGGAAAUGCCAAGAGAGUCAUCAUCUGCACCGACCCUUGAAGCAGGUGUCCCGGAGACAAGUAGUCACUCUUCCAUAUCAACUCAGUUCAGACAAAUGAAAAGAGGCUCUUUGGGAGCUCUGACAAUGAACCAGCUAAUGAAGAGGCAGCUGGAACACCAGUCUAGUGCUCCCCACAAUAUCAGCACUUGGGAUACUGAGCAGAUACAGCAUGGAAAACGGCUGUGUAAUGUCCCUGUCUGCCUAAACCCUGACUUGGAGGGACCACCAUUAAGAAUCAGAGGUGCCACAAAAUCUAGCUUGCUGUCAGCACCCAGUAUAGUCAGUAUGUUUGUACCUGCACCAGAAGAAUUUGCUGAUGACCAGCCCACCUUGAUGACUGACAAGUGCCAUGACUGUGGGGCUAUUCUUGAAGAAUAUGAUGAAGAAACGCUGGGCCUGGCCAUAGUCGUGCUCUCAACCUUCAUUCACCUUAGUCCAGAUUUGGCUGCUCCUCUGCUGUUGGACAUUAUGCAGUCUGUAGGAAGGUUGGCAUCAAGUACCAGUUUCUCUAAUCAAGCAGAAAGCAUGAUGAUCCCUGGAAAUGCUGCAGGUGUGGCCAAGCAGUUCCUCCGCUGUGUGUUCCAUCAGCUGGCUCCCAAUGGCAUUUUCCCCCAGCUCUUCCAGAGCAAUAUUAAAGAUGGAAGUUUUUUACGGACCUUGGCCACGUCUCUUAUGGACUUCAGUGAACUGAGUUCCAUUGCUGCUCUGAGCCAGCUGUUAGAGGGUUUAAACAACAAAAAGAAUUUACCAGCAGGGGGUGCAAUGCUACGCUGUUUGGAAAAUAUUGCUACCUUUAUGGAAGCUUUGCCGAUGGAUUCACCUAGCAACCUCUGGACCACUAUCAGUAAUCAGUUUCAGACCUUCCUUACUAAACUCCCCUGUGUUUUGCCACUUAAGUGUUCUUUAGAUUCUAGUUUAAGAAUCAUGAUUUGCUUGCUGAAGAUACCUACCACAAGUGCCACCAGGAGUCUUCUGGAGCCUUUUUCAAAAUUACUAAGCUUUGUAAUUCAGAAUGCUGUCUUCACUCUGGCCUACCUGGUGGAACUGUGUGGUUUGUGCUACAGAGCCUUCACUAAGGAAAGGGACAAAUUCUACUUGACGCGCAGUGUGAUAUUGGAGUUACUGCAGGCACUCAAGUUAAAGUCACCCUUACCAGACAUGAAUCUGCUGCUGUUGGUGCAGUUUGUUUGUGCAGAUGCUGGAACAAAACUAGCUGAGUCAACAAUCUUGCACAAACAGAUGAUUGCCUCUAUGCCUGGAUGUGGAACAGCAGCGAUGGAAUGCAUGCGGCAAUAUGUUGGGGAAGUGCUGGAUUUCAUUGCAGAUAUGCAUACCUUAACCAAAUUAAAGAGUCACAUGAAGACUUGUUCUCAGCCACUGCAUGAAGACACGUUUGGUGGACACCUGAAAGUUGGUUUAGCUCAGAUCGCUGCUAUGGAAAUCACACGGGGAAACCACAGAGACAACAAAGCUGUGAUCCGAUAUUUGCCUUGGCUUUACCAUCCUCCUUCUGCAAUGCAACAAGGGCCCAAAGAGUUCAUAGAAUGUGUCUCACACAUUCGUUUGCUGUCCUGGCUGCUUCUGGGGUCUCUGACACACAAUGUUGUCUGUCCAAAUUCUCCAGCGUCUUGCAUGCCUAUUCCACUGGAUGCGGGUUCACAAAUUGCUGACCACCUUAUUGUUAUUCUGAUUGGGUUUCCAGAGCAAUCAAAGACAUCUGUUCUACACAUGUGUUCCCUCUUCCAUGCAUUUAUAUUUGCUCAGCUCUGGACAGUGUACUGUGAACAAACAGCAGUAGCUCCGACAGUCCAGAAUCAGAACGAAUUUAGCUUUACAGCAAUCCUUACAGCCCUGGAGUUCUGGAGCCGAGUGACACCUAGCAUCCUACAGCUAAUGGCACAUAACAAAGUGAUGGUGGAAAUGGUGUGCCUGCAUGUGAUUAGCUUAAUGGAGGCUUUACAGGAAUGCAACUCUACUAUCUUUGUGAAGCUCAUACCAAUGUGGUUGCCAAUGAUACAGUCAAAUCUCAAGCAUUUAUCUGCCGGACUCCAGCUACGCCUCCAAGCCAUCCAGAGCAAUGUCAACCAUCACAGUCUAAGGAUGUUGCAGGGGUCGGGACAAAUGAACAAUAGCUCAUCUGUGCUCCGCAAAUGGCUACAGUGUACCCAGUUUAAAAUGGCUCAAGUGGAAAUUCAGUCAUCAGAAGCUGCAUCUCAAUUUUAUCCUUUAUGAUUCACGUAAUUUGUUCCAAAUGUUAAUUUUUAGCCUAGCAAUAACAGGGUUAGAGCUGUAAAAGACCUUUUGUAUAAAUCAGUAUACAGAGUAUAUACUGUAUCUAUACUUUUUAGCCUAGCACAGAUUGUGGAAAAGCUUAUAAUAGGUGAAGCUAAGAGCCUGAUCCUGCCAGUCCUUAAUUACACUUACUCAGAAUCAACAGGUUCUCAAGUCUGCAUUCAUGAACAUGCAUUUGCAGGACUGGACUCAAAUCUACCACACUGUAUAUAUCUCUCUGAUCAUUGAAAUAUCUUGUUCUUAAAUGUUUCUUUACAUUAUUUUUGAAGCUAAGACAAAAAUCACUUUUCUUUAACUUCUAUUUUUUUUAAAAAUAGAGUUGUGGUUAUUCACAAACAUAUGGAAGUGCCAUGUUGCUAUUUUUUGACGAUAACAAAAGAAAACAGGGUUUUUAGGAACCUUUAUAGAAGUUUUUUUUUGGGGGGGUGUCUCUUUUUUUUUAAAUUCACAGCUGGCAAUGCAAUAAAACCUGUCACUAUAAAACAGGGAUGUUCUAAUGAGGCUUUUUGUCAUCAUCUUCUGGGAAAACAGCAGCUUGUAAGGAGAGUUAUUAUAAAGUGCACUUAGAAAUUAGGUUGUUAAACUGUGCCAAUUCAUUUGUCUUUUUCUUCAGUACUGUUUUCCAAAACUGCCAAGUCCAAUUUUUAAUUUUUUGAAAUAUUGCUUUUACUUCAUUGAUUCUGUGCUGCUCUUCUUUGUAGGUUUCAUAGAAGCCUCUUUAAUUUUGUGACUACUGUAUUGUAUUCUUUUGUCAAUACUUGUAUACAGUGCAAUUAAAAGUGGAUAUCCCAGAUGUAUUCUUAUUGAUGUCUACAGAAAUUGUGUUGCAGACUUCAAGAGGAGCAUGAUUGGAUCUGAACUUUUGGAUAAAAAUAUUUACAAAUCACAGUAUUUGCAUACUAUUGUAUUAAACAUGAUGUUUAAUAACAGAUGGAUUUUAAUAUCAUUAAGGGACUCAGCCAAAGCCCGUUUGAAUUUAAAAAGACUCAAUUAAUUCAGUGGAUUUUACAUAAAAUCUUGAGAGCACCGUGAUUUACCACCUCUUGUAAUUAAUACUUAAAUCUGUGCAGUCACGGUUCUAUUUUCUGUAUUGAUUCCUGUAAUGCACUGAUUAGAAGAAUAACAAACACACAUUUAAGUUGUGCAUUAGAAUGCUAUUAAAUUCCUAGCCUUUAUUAC